CGAUAUCCUUUGGCGAAUACUGAGCCUCAACCGUGGAGAAGGGACGACGCACGUAAUCUCCGCAACAAAUUCUCAGUGAACGACUCCUAGGUAGAUAUCUACCAGGGCCACUAUAGACAUAAGACUCUGAUGCCUUCACGAGUCUGUUCGGUGAUGUAUGACAAUCCCCAGAAUGCUAUAUCAUGGAUGUCUUUGCCAGAAGGUCAUGGAGUCGGAGACGGUCCUUAAAGGUAGGUACCCGGAUCUCGUAUUACCCUUUCAUACAAGGACCCCCAAACUUAGGUUCACAACCUUGGUAUUGAAGUUGCCGCUCCAACCUGGACCGUAUAGGGACCACGAAUCAUCUUCCCCAGAUUUCAUUUCGCCCUUCAAAUACAUCCAGAUCAUUCGUGAACAAGGCUCAAAGGACGCAGGGAAUCUGCUCCUGUUGCUCCCAUCAAAGUUAUUGAAGUCUAAAUCCCAUAUUGUGGGUCAAGGCGCUCGUGCCUUGACGGCCAGACCUUCCAGGAUAAUAUGGGCCGUUGACCUGCGUCCUGGAAACAUCAACCUGUGCUGCAUUUUCAUCCAACCUGUAUUGGUUUCUGUCGACGGUUUGAAGGUACAUCAAAUUCAGGGCCCAAAGGCGACGUCCCUUUCCUCAUCUGGAACCAGUCCAUUGAACCACAUCUAUCUCACUAAUGGACGCGUUCGAAUGCCAAGCCUCGCCAGCACCACGUCAAUGAUCAGAAAAAUGAGGCUCAUGUGCUUACUGCUACCAAAUUUUCACAUUCUGAGCUGAAUCUGUGGACUUUGCAGCAAUGGAACAGGACGAACAGUCUCCUCAGCUGGCAGACACCUCAGGGUUGAGGCGUAAAUCUCGCUCCGACUCUUCAGCGAAGCGCGUAUCAAGAGCCUGUUUGCACUGCCGACAACGUAAAUCCAAGUGUGAUCUGUAUGUUUCCAGCAUCCGCAUGCC